AUGAGCGAUCACAAGCUGAGUGUGCAUAGCAAGAACAAUCGGCGAACGAAGUCUCAGGCUCGUCUGCAUCUUCAUCGGCUGAUGGAUGACACGCCAAGCAACUUCCGACUGGAUCCUCUGCCUGUAGCCAAUCUGGGUAUCCUGAGCACCCCCAAGCGGACUUCGAGCGACAUCUUCUCGCCAUCGACAAGCUCAGACAAGCUAUCACCUCUGCGGAACCGCACUGUCCGCUUAUCCCUGCCCGCCAGGAAACGAUCUUCGCAGAUCAGCAGCUUCACACGCAGCACGCAAUUGUCCUCUUCCUCGUCUCCAGAUGGCCUGUCGUCUGCUUCGCCAUUGCGAGAUCAGUACGAGCUGCGUCCGCAUGAGCGCCGUCUUGCUCGGCGGUUGCAACGAGUCAAAGAGAAGGCAAAGGUCCAGGAGGCAAUCCCAGCGAUGGCGAAGAUAAAGGCGCUGACACAGAAGGUGCAGCGCGAGCGUAUUGCUUACUUUGCCGCGGUCGAUGCUUUUGCGCUUGAGGAAGAAAUUGUCGUCUGGUGA